UUCUGAUGGUGUUAAUUAACGACACGUCGUAUGAGAAACAUUCUGUGGAAAAUAUCCGGUUCUGGACUUUGUGUGGCACUGAGUCUCUGCCACUAUAUUUUAAUUUUUAACAGCAUAUAUAUCCGCUCGAUCGUCUCACUCCGGCACUAACAAUAUUUGCAGAUAGCCAUGGAGCUCUUCUCCCUGCAAUCUUUCCUCCUCCUCCUUCUCUCCCUCUCCUUCUACAUCUACCACCACUUCUUCGCUUCGUCGAAGACGUACAAACACACCGGCUUCAAAAGCUACCUGAUUCUCGGAACCCUACCGGAAUUCCUAAAAAACCGCCACCGGUUCCUCGAUUGGACAACCGAAAUCCUCACCAGCUGCCCCACCAGCACCGCCAUCAUCAGCCGCCCGGUAAAAAUCCGCGGCAUCAUCACCGCCAACCCUGCCAACGUCGAGCACAUGCUGAAAACCAACUUCGAGAACUACCCGAAAGGGGAAAGGUUCAUAUCUCUUAUCCAAGACUUUCUCGGCGGCGGAAUCUUCAACUCCGACGGCGAGCUCUGGAAGGUUCAGAGGAAGACCGCCAGCUACGCCUUCAACACGAAAUCGCUCCGGAACUUCGUUAUGGAAAACGUUAGGGUUGAGAUUGAGUCGAGGUUAAUUCCGUCUCUGGACACAGCCGCCGAAACAGGACGCCGUUUGGACUUGCAAGAUGUUUUGGAGCGCUUUGCUUUCGACAACGUUUGCAAAUUGGCUUUUAAUGUGGACCCGAAUUGUCUCGGAAGCGGCGGCGGCGGAAAAUCUGAGUCCACGGACUUCGAUUCCAAUCCCAAUCCGGAUCGGUUCAUGCAGGCAUUUGAAGAAGCGGCCACACUUAUCUCUGGGAGAUUUUUGUACGCGUUUCAGUUUAUUCAAAAGAUAAAGACGUUUUUGAACGUUGGAUCAGAGCGGAGGUUAAAAGAAUCAAUCUCGACAGUCCAUAACUUCGCGGAUAAGAUAAUAAAGUCGAGAAUUAGCAACGAACUGUCGGAGGAUCGUCACGAUUUGUUGUCCUUGUUUAUUGGUAUUCCCGAAAACAACUCGCCGGAUUUUCUCCGAGAUAUCGUGAUAAGCAUCAUUCUCGCCGGCCGAGACACGACAUCAUCGGCUCUGACGUGGUUCUUCUGGCUCCUGUCGUCCAGACCGCACGUGGAGCACGCCAUUUUAAAGGAGCUGGAAAUGAUUCGGGUACGAAACGGGAAACGUAUCGGCGAUGUUUAUGAUUUGGACGAGCUCCGAGACAUGCACUAUUUGCACGCGGCGAUUUCAGAGGCGAUGCGGCUGUACCCUCCCGUACCGGUCGACACGAAGGCGUGUCUAAACGAUGAUGUCUUGCCGGACGGGACAGCCGUGGGGAAGGGGUGGUUCGUGACGUACCAUGCUUACGCGAUGGGGCGGAUGGAGAAGAUAUGGGGGACUACCUGCCACGAGUAUUUGCCGGAGCGGUGGCUGACCGAGGACGGCACAUGUCGGCAGGAGAGUGCUUUCCGGUAUCCGAUAUUUCAUGCUGGGCCAAGGAUGUGUCUGGGGAAGGAUUUGGCGUAUAUUCAGAUGAAGUCGAUUGCGGCAUCGGUGAUGGAGAGGUUUGUGAUCGGCGUACAGGAUAGGGAUACGUGUCCUAAGCAUCUGUUGUCCUUGACUCUCAGGAUGAAAGGUGGGCUGCCCGUGAGUGUGAGGAGAAGGAGAUUUGUAGCUGAUGACCGGUGAUUAAGUGUGUGAAGUUCAUUUUCCUAAUAAAACCAGCGUAUAAGAUAAUUACAGUGGCGCCAAAGUUUUCAUAAGCAACAGGAAUUUUGAAGUCAAACAAUUUGAGAAGAUAGGUAAAUCCAAUUCAAAUCCCUCAGAAAUCGUAAGACACUCACAGUCACACGUCCUCAGCAACCCUGUCAAGGGGAGACAGUUCAGUCCUGUUCCGCUGGGCGUCGUACGCCAUUGGAUCCAAGCGCAAAUUCAACCACUUGUAUAUGUUAUAACUUCUUUCUACCAUUAGAAAUUACUUACUACUUGCAUGUUUUUAUGUACGAAACUGAAUAUUUAAGUAAAAGAAUUCUCUACAUAUAGUGUUCA